CGCAUAGAAUGAUGUCACAAGAGCAGACACGUUCGACGGAAACCUGCACGGUACAAACAUAAAAGGACGUGCUUUUUCUCUGUCCUUUCUAUUUUUUUCAAAGUUUCUUCUUUAAAACUUUUCGGCAUGCAUAAGCGGCAUGCCUUUCCCGCUGCGUUGUAUCCUCGUUUCUUUGCAGAUGGACCCCCGAGUACACAGAAACCGCCGAAUCUUUCGACUGAAGGCUGGGGAGAGUAUGGCCAGGUGUUAGGAGUGCUGCAUGGAGAACGGAAAGAGGAACUACGGUUACAAUAUCACUUUCAGCACUGUGCAGAUGGAGAAAUUUGGAAGCCAGAGGAGCCAGUUCCAGUACCUUUGUUUUCAACUUGCUCAGCUUGCAGGAUACCACCCUUAACUUUGCAAGAUAUAACCUACAGAGGACAAUUAUCAAGAAGCGUCCGGGGAAGUGGCCCUAAGGAGAUUUUGGAUUUUACAAAACAUAUGGAAGCUUUCUAUCUAGAAAACUUUAAUGAUGCCUUUGGCUGUAUGUCUUCUCUACUUGAAGAAAACUUCUAUUUUGGUUAUGAAAAACUUAAUUACAAUCAAAGGAAAAAUACCAUUGGUCAUAAGGUUACAAAUACAUUUUUGGAUAAUAUAAAUUUUAAAAAGUGUCCUUUUCAGAGAAGUUGUAAGAGAGCAAGACUUCAGAGCUAUUUGUUCAAGGAGGUCAUUUAUGAUAUUCCUCCAGUACUUCUGGCAGAGCAUCUCCAUGAAGAACUGAGAGCAGAGAAAUAUAAAAUAUUUUUUAACAGCGUAGCAACAGGAGGAGCCCUGGAAUUGUUUCCAUUACAAAACAAGUCAAAGACUUUGGAGUGCUGUCUGGUUUACCCCAGCAGAUCUGCUAUGAACAAACUCAAUUUUCACAAGGUUAAGCUUCUGUCUUGUAAUUCGGGUGCACCCCAGCUCAAAGUACUAGAAAAACUGGCACUGUUUGAAUUAAAUGGAACAAUCCGUCAAAUAAAUGUGGCUGAUGUUGAAGAUCAAGUGUAUGUGGGUGUCCGAUCUGAUUAUUUGUGUGGUGCGUGGAAAGUCAACAGAAAGCAGAAACCAGAGCCUCUUCAAACAAUUCAGAUGGAGAAUCCUGCAACCUGUAUCAGUGUCAGUCCUUAUCUUCCUGGAGAACUGCUUGUUGCGAAUGAAAGUGGUGCUGUUUACCUCUGGAAUCUAAAGACAGGAUUAUCUAUGAUUCGUUGUGAAACAGAAAAUCUUUACUUCAACGCACAGUCUUCAUGGAGGUGGUGUGAUUUCACUGCUCAUCCCCGAGUUAUAACUUAUGCUGACAGGACAGGCAUUGAUCUCACAGAUAUAAGGUCACCAAGCAAUCAAACUCAGAAGAUGUUUUCAAUAGGACAGACUGCUGACUGUAAAAAGGGGGAGAGAGUGGUUCUGCUAAAGCAUCUUAAUGAUGUGAAUGCUUAUCAACAUCUUGUCACCUCACAGUACUCUGCAUAUAUCAUGGAUGAACGUUUUCCUUGUGUGCCAUUGUUGAAAUGGGAACAUAUGAUGAAGUCCCCACCAAUAUUUUCACGGAUAUUAUCUGGGGAUUCAUGUAAAACCAGCAACAAGAUACUGUUGGGAACUCAGCGUUCACAGGAGGUUUUAAUGUUGCAGUAUUCAGAUGGAACACAGAUGGCUUAUGAAGCUCUUGGACCUCCUUUACAAUUUCCAGCACGCUCAGAUUGCUCAAGAUUCGUUCCUUUUCAUCUUCCUCAUGAAAAAGAGGUACUCUUUGAGCGUCUGCUUUCACCAGGUGCAGGAUUGGCAGCAAUGUACCAUCCCCACCAAGCAAAUGCAUUGUGUGUAAUCCAACUUGCUGAAACAGGAGACAUUUUUUAUCAGACCUGGAGCAGACAAGAAUCAUCCUCUUCUAUGGCCAGGCCAAGAGGGACUGAUGCCAGUUCAAGUGAAAAAGACCACAGACAAGAGAAAGAAAGAGAAGACAAUGGUGUGUUUGUGUCAUCAUCCACUUCACAUGGAGAUGCACCUAAAGCAGCCUGUACGUUUGGUGAUAUGACGCCAAUGAACCUCACAUCAAAUCAAAAUACAAAUGUUACUAAAAGAUGUGAAGACAGUACACCUUUAACAGAAUCAGUAGGCCUCAGCAAGAAAGCCCUUGCUAAAUUAGUAAAGUGGAAUUCAAAUGUUUUACAGAAGCAAAUAGUGAAAAGACAAGAAAAGUUUUGCAAAGUUAAAAAUAAAGCAACACUUGCAUUGCCUAAAAUUGCUGACACGGCAACAAAUCAUUCUCUAUAUCCGAAUAUAAGACAGAACAUGAGAGUUGCAAUGGAGGAAAAAAAGACUCUGAGCACUUGCUUAGAGUUACCAUCUCUUGAUGUCGUCGAUAUCCCAGGACAUAUAGACCCCUCAAAUUGGAAAGAUGAUCUCAGCAAGCGUCUCACUGCCUCAUGGGAUGGUAAAUGGAGCAGCUGGUGGGAAAACAAACUUGGGCUGAACCGUAAACAGAAAAUUGAAGCUCUCCGUAAGAAGAGAAGGCUUCAGAAACUCGCCCGAGGACAUAGAUCACCAGGUCUCAGUGGAAGUUUCACAUCUUCUGUCACCUAUCAGUCUGAUUUGACUGAUUUUAGUGACCUCUCGGGUUGGUCAUCUACAGACAGUAAUUUUGGAGGUAGCCGUUGUUCUUCACCGGUAUCUGAUAUAGAAACUGAUAGCCACAAAGAGCCUUCCGUGAUUGUUGCUGAGAGCAACACAGACAUGGAAAAUGUACAUCUGGGAGAAGAACAAGAUCAUGAAUGCGUACCUAUCUUAGUUACUGCUUCAUCUGUCUCAUCUACUUCUCAAUACUCCGCCAUGCCAAAUCUUCUGCAGAAGUCUGCCGACUCUGUUUCCACCUUCAGUUCUGUGGACUCCCUCGCUCCAAAUAGGAUUCCUACAUUGUCUGCUUCAAAAGACAAAAGAUCUGCUGUUAUUGGACAUCCAAGUCCAAAUCCCAGGUUACAUAGUCCUAGAAAAUCUUUGACACAAAACUCUCAUCAGCUUCAAAAGAAAGUCAAUCAAGACUUGGCUUCUCUGUUAAUCGCACAGGAUUCCACACCAGAGCCUGACUUGGAGGACAACUGGAGUUUUCCUUUGGCAUCUUCCACACAAAAGUCCUCACAAUUUUCAGCAUCUCCAAGCCUUCUUGGGCUUCCUUUGUCUCAAGGAUCCGUGACAGUAUCCCAGCUUAAAAAGAAGAGGCCACGAAUGGGCUUCUAGUUUUGCAAGUGAAUAGAACAUCAAUAGAUUUUAGUUUUCCAUUUUUGCUUUCUUUUAGAAACUAUGCAGGAAUGUGAAUAGGUUCCACCCCCCAAAUUUAUGCAAUGAGGCAACGUGAAGGAUGUUUAGAACAAAUUCCCUACCCUUGGACUUUGAAUAAAUGUUCCAAUUUAUAUUGCUUCAUGUAUAAUUUUGUUUGU